AUGGCUGCUCCCUCCGUCCCAAAUGGCUUCAUGCGCUAUGCUGGCAACGGGCCUCUUUCUGAGAAGAUUAGCGGCGCGAUCUUGGUCAAGGACAUAGCUACUUGGGAGGCUAUGGUGGGCGAGCACUUGGAUCUUCAGGAGCUCAGCCUUUUCCGUGUGACGUCCGCGCUGGCGUUCUUCCAGCAAGCCCAUGCCAAGGAGCCUAUCACUGGGUCUGUAGCGCAGACCAUGUUUAAGAUACUUAAACAGGACAUUAACUUUGCCUUGCGCAAGAAUCCUGCCCACCCUGGUCUCCAAGAUAUACUUGCUCGCCUACGCGCGCACGACCAGGCGCUCUCCAAGUUCUCCGACGACUUUGUGAUUGACUUUCUGGUCUCCGGAGUCCCCAACAAUCUUCCUACGUUUGUUGGAUCGCUGAAGCACGAUAUCGGGCCCACGCGGUACUGGGUUGCGUAUUCGGCUAUUCUGAACCGCACGCCCAACUCUCCGGCCUACCCCACGCGCGGCGCAAUCGUCGAGUACUUCGAGCAUGCUUUGGCGGAGGAGGAGGCUGAGCUGGAGCGCAUGCAGGCCCGUGUACAACAGCUGCAAUCUGGCGGGACGCGCGGGACCAUCCCUCCUAGUCCCGCAGGUUCCGCGUCGAGUACCGCAGGUUCCGCAGCUCCGCAGGCGGUACCGCCGAGUCCCGCAGCCGCGCCGACUAUUCAGGCUCCCCAGCAGCCAGCCAAGGUGGUCAAGAAGCCGAAGAAGGACGUCGCGAGCGUGCCGGACGUUGCGCAGGUUACAAGGGCCAGUGGUGGCGAGUCCGAGCAAGCUGAAGCAUCGCAAGGUGGCUCAGGGCGUAAGCUGAGGUGGCGCAACCCCUACUCGGUCAACAACCACGCGGUGACACUGUACUUGGAUGUCGAGCAGCUGUACAAGUAUGCUGCGCGACCGGGUGGCGCCACGGCGGAGGAGAUAUGGGGAUAUGUGGGCAUGCAUGGCAUAGGAGGGGCGUUGGUUCCGCUGCUCAUGAAGGUUGCAUGCGCGCGCUGCAGUCGGCCUGAACACCCGCAGCUUUGCAUCUUUCGCGGUGACACGCCCCCUACUAUGGCUACCGCAUGUCUCUGGUGCACUAUCUCCCAGAAGAAGUGCGAGGGCGCUGUUCCGCCUAAGUUGCCAAAGAACCAGCUCGCGUCAAACUAUCGGCCCGAUCCUGAGUUUCGAAUUGCCGUUUUGAACGAGCUAAAGGCGCGCAAGAUUGUGAAUCAGACCACCAUCGACUUCUGGCUCACCGAAGACAACUACGUACGGCCCAAUCCCAACGCGUCCAAGCGCCAGAAGAAGUCCGCGCCAUUGCCCGCCAGCGCUCAUUCGACUCCCGCUCCCACUCCUGGCCAGUUCGCUGCCUCUGUGCCUCUUCCUCCUACGUCCACGGAGGAUGAGAGCACUGUUGAGCAGGACGUCACGAUGCAGGAUGUUGUUCAAACGGCGCCCGCAACGACCAAGCGUGCACGCUCGGAGACGCUCGUCAAAAGCCCGACUGCAGAGCACCGCUCCCCUCCGCACAAGAGACAGGCUCACGGUACUCGUGUAUCGGCGCAUCCAACACCCGCACCUGUCACAUUCACGCCUGCCCCUCCGCGCGCAGAGCCUAUGCUCGAAGACUGGCUCCCACUUCCCCGUGAUGAACGUCCGCGCGACGUCGACAGUCUCAUGCAUUUGGCGGACCAAGCGGGCUUGGUCAUUCAACACGAGCGCAGGCGCAACCUACAGCUUGAGGAGCGGGUUCGUGAGCUUGAGGCGGCACAGGCGGGUAGUGCUAAGCUUGCGGAACUGGUGCAAGGCCAGUCUGCCCUCACGCAGACGCUCUCGACGCUUACAACGCGCUUCAACGAGUUCAUCAAGCCCACACCUCCUACGCGCUCGCAGCAGAGGACCUCGCUGACAUAUACCACGCCCGGCCGUGCGCCUACUUUCUCGCCAGCUCCAGUUGCAUCUGGCUCAAGCUCAGCUGGUCCCGCGCGUCCCGCGGGUACCGCAGCUACCGCCAGUACCGCCGGUACCGCGAGUUCCGCCAAAGCUCCUGGUGUCCCGCGCUUGGCGGCACUUGCGCCUGGUUCCGCGCCUGGUCUCUCGCCUCAAGGUCAACAGGCUGGCCCUUCUGGAUCGUACCAUGCAAGUACGGGAUCGUCGUUCCUGGCCUCGUCUCCGCAGCCUUCGGUGAGCAUCAGUAGUGGAGGCUCAUCGAUGCAUCCUCACUAUCGAGCGGCCCUGCAGAACAUGGCCGGCUACCUUCAGCAAGGCAACAUGCCCGCUCCUCCCCCGCCAGUCGUCCCUCUCAACGACGCGCCGACGCUCACGCCCGUAAAGUCCAAUGUGCAACGUGCAGCUGCGCACUCAGUUGCACAAAGUGACAACCAACGUCCGUUAUCCCCCACGUUUAUUGAGAUCCUGGCGCAUUCUUACGGUAUACAACCAGUACCCCUUCCAGACUCCGACUCGGACUCUACGCCAGACGAAGCGGAGGCAAACAGUGGCUGGAAAGUGCCGCCUUCUGCGCGCGACGAGCGUGGUGAAGCCACUGAUUCCAGUGCGAGCGUCGAGUACGAGGACGAGGAGGAUGGCCUGCGCGUCGAGCACUUCCUGCCCGAUGCCGAGCCGGAGGGCGAGGGUGAAGUAGGCGUUGAGGAGGGCGAGGCUGGCGAGGGAAGUGUUGGUCACGGGGGCGAGGACGCGGACAUCGAGGAGGACCCUGAGCCUGCGCCUGAACCGCCGAAGAAGGGUAAGGCCGCGACUGGCGGGCGCGCCAAAGCGACCAAUACCAAGGGCGGGAAGGGCAAGGCAAAGGAGUCAGUGGACGGCGGAGAAGAGGAAGGCAGCAGCGGUCCUCGUCGCUCGAACCGUAACGCCAAGAAGGAGGAGCCUCCAGCUCCUCCAGCUCCUCCAGCUCAAGCUCGUGGUGGUGGAGCCGGUGGCAAGCGAGGGGCUGCUCGUGGCGGCGGCGGUAAGCGCUGA